AUGACAGAUUCUGUCACCGAUGUCGAUCAGAAUCCAGAUAAUGAUGAAACAAAACGUAUUAAAUUUGAACAUAAACGACAUCAACUAAUAAAGCCUAAUGGUUGUGGUAAACCGAGUGUUUAUCAUGGGCUUGUUGUUAUAUUUCUUGAAUUUUUUGCCUGGGGUCUUCUUACUAAUCCUAUCAUUUCAGUACUCAAUCAAACAUUUCCAUCUCAUACUUUUUUAAUGAAUGGUGUUAUUCAUGGAAUUAAAGGUUUAUUAACAUUUCUAAGUUCUCCAUUACUUGGUGCCUAUUCAGAUGUAUGGGGACGUAAAUUCUUUUUACUUCUUACUGUUUUCUUCACAUGUUGUCCAAUACCUUUAAUGAAAAUUAGUCCGAUGUGGUAUUUUGCAUUAAUAAGUAUUAGUGGUCUUUUUUCUGUAACAUUCAGUGUUGUCUAUGCAUAUGUUGCCGAUGUUACUGAUGAAAGUUCUCGAAGCACUGCUUAUGGUUUGGUAACAGCAACAUUUGCAGCAUCAUUAAUAACAAGUCCAGCUAUUGGUGCACAUUUAACAAGACUUUAUAGUGAAAAUUUUAUUAUUGCACUCAGUAUAAUAGUUACCAUAAUAGAUUUAUUAUUUAUCUAUUUUUGUGUACCUGAAUCAUUACCAGAACGAUUACGAACGAAUCAAAAAGUGUCAUGGAAUAAAAUUGAUCCAUUUGGUGCUCUUCGAAAUAUUACUCAUGAUCGUUUUAUUUAUCUUAUUUGUCUUAUUGUACUUUUAUCAUAUCUUCCUGAAGCUGGACAGUAUUCAUGUUUUUUUGUUUAUUUACGAUUAAUGCUUGGCUUUACAGAAGAUGAAGUAGCUUAUUUUAUUGCAUUCAUUGGAAUUCUUUCAUGUAUUGCUCAAACUCUUCUAUUGGCAUGUUUACAAAAAUAUUUUGGUGCAAAAGAGACUAUUAUGGUUGGAUUAUUUUUUCAAAUAGUUCAAUUAGCAGCAUUUGGAAUUGCUACUUCAAAUUGGGUAAUGUGGUUUGCUGGUGGUUUAGCUGCUCUAUCAUCAGUAACAUAUCCAUCAAUUAGUGCAUUUGUUUCUGUUUAUGCUAAAGAAAAUCAACAAGGUCUUGUUCAAGGUAUGGUGAAUGGUGUACGUGGCUUAUGUAAUGGUCUUGGUCCAGCUUUAUUUGGAUUUACUUUUUAUUUAUUUAAUGUUGAUUUAGGUUACACAGUACCAGUAUCUGGAACGAAACCAAAUUCAAAUUUAACAAUGUUUAAUACUAAUACAAAAUCUAUUUAUUUAUCGAUGUUCAGCCGUGAUAUACCUGGUCCACCAUUUCUUUUUGGUGCUUUUCUUGCAACUAUAGCAUUAAUGUUUUCUCUUCUAUUACCAAAUUCAAAAACAGAUUUCAAUGGAACUGGAAACGAUACAAGAACUAUUGAACAGAAAGCUAGUCUAUUGGAUAUUGAUGAAAAUACGAACGACAAUAUUCAAUAUAAAUAA